UGUCGUUCACCACCGUAGCUAGUUGUUGCUCGUCUGAGGUCUGAACGAUGAUUGACAAUAAUGGCGACGCGGUUAUUCUGAGUUGACUCCAGGGAACCAUCUCUGGCUGACAAAGGGAACAUCUUGGAUGGAUUUUCAGCACCAUACACAACAACAAUAAUGAUAAGCAGCGACCAAAAGGACUUCAUUUACCUCAACGAAAAGGACUUGCUAGCCUGGAGAGGUUUUAUCUUGCUAGCAUUGCGAUAGCAUAGCAACUCAGCUCGCUAGCUUGCUAAGUUGAAGAGGUGGCAUUCUUGUGUGUGGAGUGGAGGAGAGACAUAGCCAGCUUGCUGGAUAGUCAUAUCUGUCUAAGCUAGCAAUGUUGCUUCUCAAUAGGCUUUUGGGGUUAUUCGUGUCUUAUUCUCAGAGGCAAACCGAGGCGCUUGCAAAUAACGUUAGCUUUUGGGAAUAGUUUUUUGAGACAGCCUCCUUAGGUAGCUAACUUAGCUACUAAGCUAACAGGCUAGCUUUAGGAAUUGUUCCAGUCUCUUUCCUGUUAGGACCUGCUCGCACUUGCAGCUGGAAACUGUCCACCGAUCGCUAGCAACGACUGCUAGCUUGCAAACUUGUUAGAAAGAGUUUUGGUACUGCGCGUCCUUUUUGAAAAUGACCACCGGGAGGAAUAACCGAGCGAUGAUGGAGGGAGUUGGGGCGAGAGUGGUCCGGGGACCCGACUGGAAGUGGGGGAAGCAGGAUGGUGGAGAGGGACAUGUUGGCACCGUCAGGAGUUUUGAAAGUCCAGAGGAGGUGGUCGUUGUCUGGGAUAACGGGACGGCUGCUAACUACCGCUGCUCCGGGGCUUACGACGUGAGGAUAUUAGACAGUGCUCCAACAGGCAUCAAGCAUGAUGGAACCAUGUGUGACACCUGCCGUCAACAGCCCAUCAUUGGUAUUCGCUGGAAAUGUGCUGAGUGCACCAAUUACGACCUUUGCACAACCUGUUACCAUGGAGACAAGCAUCACCUGAGACACCGGUUCUACAGGAUCACCACCCCAGGCAGUGAGAGAGUACUUUUGGAGUCGCGUCGAAAGUCAAAGAAAAUCACAGCAAGAGGGAUCUUCACUGGUGGCCGAGUGGUGAGAGGAGUGGACUGGCAGUGGGAAGACCAGGAUGGAGGCAACGGAAGGAGAGGAAAGGUGACAGAGAUCCAGGACUGGAGUGCCGCCAGCCCGCACAGCGCGGCCUACGUUCUGUGGGACAAUGGGGCCAAGAACCUGUACAGAGUUGGCUUUGAGGGAAUGUCGGAUCUGAAAUGCGUCCAGGAUGCCAAAGGCGGCUCUUUCUACAGAGACCACUGCCCCGUUUUAGGUGAGCAGAAUGGCAACAGAAAUCCUGGCGGUCUCCAGAUUGGAGACUUGGUCAACAUCGACUUAGACCUGGAGAUUGUUCAGUCGCUGCAACACGGCCACGGAGGAUGGACUGACGGCAUGUUUGAGACGCUCACCACCACCGGCACGGUCUGCGGCAUCGAUGAAGACCACGAUAUCGUCGUUCAGUACCCCAGUGGGAACAGGUGGACAUUCAACCCAGCAGUGCUGACAAAGGCCAAUGCGGUGCGCAGCGGUGAUGUAGCAGCAGGGGCGGAGGGGGGCACCUCCCAGUUCCUGGUGGGAGACCUGGUGCAGAUCUGCUUCGACAUCGACCGCAUCAAGCUGCUGCAGAGAGGCCACGGAGAGUGGGCUGAGGCCAUGCUUCCUACCCUCGGCAAGGUGGGCCGUGUGCAGCAGAUCUACUCCGACAGUGACCUGAAGGUCGAGGUUUGUGGAACUUCUUGGACGUACAAUCCCGCCGCCGUCACCAAGAUCGCCCCCUCCGGCUCGGCUGUCAGCAACGCCUCUGGAGAGCGUCUCUCUCAGUUACUGAAGAAACUAUUUGAGACACAAGAGUCCGGAGACAUCAACGAGGAGCUGGUCAAGGCAGCAGCCAAUGGCGACUUGGCCAAGGUGGAGGACAUCCUUAAGAGACCCGAAGUGGACGUGAACGGGCAGUGUGCGGGACACACUGCUAUGCAGGCAGCCAGUCAGAACGGGCACGUGGAUGUGCUGAAGCUGCUGCUCAAACACAACGUUGACCUGGAAGCUGAGGACAAAGAUGGAGACCGGGCAGUGCACCACGCAGCCUUCGGUGAUGAGGGCUCUGUCAUUGAGGUGCUGCAGAGGGGCGGUGCUGACUUGAAUGCCAGGAACAAGCGAAGGCAGACACCAUUACACAUAGCUGUCAACAAGGGACACCUGCAGGUGGUCAAGACCCUGCUGGACUUUGGCUGCCACCCGAGCCUUCAGGAUUCAGAGGGGGACACACCCCUGCACGAUGCCAUAAGCAAGAAGAGAGACGACAUGCUGUCAGUGCUGCUGGAGGCUGGGGCCGAUGUCACCAUCACCAACAAUAACGGCUUCAAUGCUUUGCAUCACGCUGCACUGCGAGGGAACCCCAGUGCCAUGCGUGUGCUGCUAUCUAAACUGCCAAGGCCUUGGAUCGUAGACGAGAAGAAGGACGACGGUUACACUGCACUGCACCUGGCUGCCCUCAACAACCAUGUGGAGGUGGCUGAGCUGUUGGUGCACCAGGGAAGUGCCAGCUUAGACAUCCAGAACGUCAACCAGCAGACGGCGUUACACCUGGCAGUGGAGCGUCAACACACCCAGAUAGUCCGGCUGCUGGUGCGUGCAGAGGCCAAGCUUGAUGUGCAGGACAAGGACGGGGACACACCACUUCACGAGGCACUGCGUCACCACACACUGUCCCAACUGCGACAACUCCAAGAUAUGCAGGAUGUCAGCAAAGUGGAGCCCUGGGAACCUUCCAAGAACACAUUAAUCAUGGGCCUCGGCACCCAGGGGGCGGAGAAGAAGAGCGCAGCAUCCAUCGCCUGCUUCCUGGCAGCCAACGGAGCGGACCUGACCAUUCGUAACAAGAAGGGCCAGUCCCCUCUGGACCUGUGUCCAGACCCCAGCCUCUGCAAAGCUCUGGCCAAAUGUCACAAAGAGAAGAGCAGUGGCCAGGUGGGCACCCGCAGCCCGUCUCAGAACAGCAACAACGAGACGCUGGACGAGUGUAUGGUGUGUUCAGACCUUAAGAGAGACACUAUCUUCGGGCCCUGUGGACACAUCGCCACCUGCUCCCUUUGCUCACCUCGGGUUAAAAAGUGUCUUAUCUGCAAGGAUCAGGUCCAGUCAAGAACUAAGGUAUCAGAAAGACUAGUACCAGUCCAGGGAAAUGAUUCACCAACUAGAGCAGACAACUUUUACCGCUUUUUUGGUGAAUUUGUCCCUCCACAGAUUGAAGAGUGCGUAGUCUGCUCUGACAAAAAAGCAGCCGUUUUGUUCCAGCCCUGCGGUCACAUGUGCGCUUGUGAGAACUGUGCCAGCCUCAUGAAGAAGUGCGUACAGUGCCGGGCUGUUGUAGAACGCCGCACCCCUUUCGUUAUGUGCUGUGGUGGGAAAGGUAUGGAGGAUGAUGCCGCUGAUCAUGAUGAUGAUGAUGAUGAUGAUGAUGAUGAUGAUGAAAAUGAUGAUGAUGAUGAUGAUGAUGAUGAUGAUGACAUUACAGGGAGCACUAACAAUAUGGCAGGGGGAUCGCAGGAUAUUGUCCAGCCCAACAAUCUGGCUCUAAGUUGGUCCAGCGGAAACAUCCCCGCCUUGCAGAGAGACAAGGACAACACCAACAUCAACGCAGACGUUCAGAAGCUACAACAGCAGCUGCAAGACAUCAAGGAGCAGACGAUGUGUCCGGUGUGUCUGGACCGGCUGAAGAACAUGAUCUUCAUGUGCGGCCACGGCACCUGCCAGCUGUGUGGGGACCGGAUGAGCGAGUGCCCCAUCUGCCGCAAGGCCAUCGAGCGACGCAUCCUUCUUUACUAGACCCCCUAUCCCACCCCCCACAGACUUUUUUCUCUUCUCUUAAAGCUCACAGCGUCCAUGCCCGUAAAGCCACAAUCACACCAGCUGCUGCCGCUGCUCCACCAUCCACACCGCACCGGGUCAGCCAGCUAAGGGCAUCCUCAAAUGUCUUAUUGGACACAGCAAAUGCUCUCUUAAUGGUUUGAUUGUCUUCAGAUGGAAUUUCUGUUACAAGGAAAAAAAUUAUGAAAUGACUUUCAUCAGUUUUGCUGUUCUGUCGUGAGUCCGCACUGCAACAAGAAAGACGCUUGCUCUAGUUUUUUUCUAUACCUACUUUUCCCCUUCUCGUUCAAUUUUCUGUGUCAUUUUCUCUGUUUUUACUUGAUAUGUGAAAGUUAUUUUUCUCUCCUUAAGUCUACGGUGGCUUCUUUGGCCUCUUAGUCUUGGAUAUGAACUGUUUCUGGAACAGCUCUGAGCAAAUUCAUAAGUGUAGAAGAGUUGAUGCAGAGGUCGGCCUGUUACCUUGGAUGUAAAGUUCUCGCGCAUCUGUCGCAGUCAUUGCCAGCUGCAAUCAAGUUUCAUUGUAUUUGUAAAUCUUUAUGCACGUGUAUUGGUAUCGGAAGCUCCAGAUGUGGAUUUUAAGUACUUAAUUUUUCACGACAGUAUGGCAAGUUGUUUUUACACAUUACUGUUUGCUCAACUUUAAGGUUCAGUGAGUGUUUUCGCUUCAUGUCUGUGUUCAGUUUGGCUGUUGUGACACGCUGUAGGCCGACUGUCCUUGCAGUUAAAGACCAGUCGUGACAGUUUUGCACAAGAAAAGCUGAGUCAGGGUAAAAGCUCUUUGCUGCACUGACUCUGGAGGUCCUCUUUUACUCAGUGUUAAAACACAGGUGGAGGUGUAGUAACUGCAAGGUAGCACACCACAGAGAUGGCAGUGGCAGUAAACACACACACACAUUGAGCUUCUGUCCAGUGAUCAGCCCCUGUUGUACCUGUUUGUUGUACACACAGCUCAACCCGAUGCAAACACUUCUCUAGAGUAUCUUGUCACACCUUGAUGUUAAAUAAAACUGUUAAGAGUUGGCGGUAUUUUCUGACAAAAAAUGUACAAUUCAACGAGCAUUGCUAAUUUACCAUUGACGACUGUGCCAUUUGCUUCCAAAAAUCUUAAAUAACUUGUAUGGGGAUAAGGUGCUCUUUAUCUUGUAUUGUUUUUUUAAUUUAAGUGUAUUUCCUUUAUUUCAAAAUUGACAUUUAUUAAGCUAGAGAGUACAAUCUAUUAGAACACUAAGAUAAAAAUGUAGAUUAAAUUAUUUUGUAUUGCUGCCCAAAAAGAUAGGAUUCAUAGGUUUCACUGCCUUCCUAAUAUGUAGCCUCAAAAUCUCAAUAACAUUCUGCUUUGAUAUUAAUGUUGAGACACGUUUGUGAUGUUUUUCCGUUUGCUUUUUGUUGGCAAUAGCUUUCUAGCAAUCAUCGGUAGAAGCAUAUUUCGCUAAAAUAGGUCUCUGUAAGCCUAACGUGUUCUUUGUGAAACAGAAAAAAAGACAUUUUGUUGUCAAAAGUGUCAAGUAUCUUUUCACCAAUGUUUUAUUUGGGAGGAAAGCUAAUGAUUUUUUUUAAAACAGAACUUGCCUUACCUCUUUUAAAAGGCAGUUGCCCAUGUGGAGACUCAGCAAGAUAGCUAGCUUGCUCUGCUAUGUGGGAAUUUGCAAGCCCAUACAAGCAUUUUUUUCCCCCCUCUUUUACGACUGAAAGCUACUUUUUUGAGAACGGUUUUGAUUCCUUUCAUUUGUCAUGAUAACACUUUAAGCUAGAAGCACUAAUACGCUUUAUGGUAGUGUUGUCUUGUUAUGGUUGUUAUGAAAAAGCCUAUUUUGUACUUUAUUUUCAAUACCUGUAACUGUCCUGUUGAUUAUGUAUCAGUAGUAUUUCCUUUGGCAUGAAUGUUUGACAUAUGCAGUACGACAUGUAUCAUGGAAACCGUUCAGUCUGUAUUGCUAAUAAGUGCUUUUAAAAACAACCAUAUAGCUGAAAUAAAGUUCUACAUGAACCACGGGACAUUAGAAGGGCUGUUUGUUUUUAUAGCUUCUCCCGCUUUGUUCAUUU